AUUUUACCCAUCCUUAAUAGGCAAAACCUCCAACCAAAUUUUGGGAACUUUCUGUCUAGCUAUCAGCAGCUAUGGCUUCUUCUCUAGCUCUCAAGAGGCUCGUCUCAUCGUCAUCGAACAUCCUCCCAAGCUCCUUCCGCAUGGUCCGCUCAAUUGUCACCGCUCCGUCCAUCUCCAGAGUCUCCGGCACAAACGCCAUGCGCGAGGACGUGUUUGAUCCUCUCUCUCCAACAAGGAGCCCGAGCCAAGUCGUGAACACGAGAGAUCAGUUAAUGAAGAACCCAUUUUUCUCUACUUCCCGUGGUAUGGCAACGAUUGCGAAAGGCGAAGUCAAAGAAUCAAAUAAGAGGGGAACCGGCGAGCAAAAAAUUAUCCUUCGCCCGUUAUCUCCUCAUCUUCCUAUUUACGAGCCACAGCUUAAUUCAACACUUUCAAUCACCAAUAGAAUCUCCGGGGCUUUCCUAACCACUGUAUUUUUGUUUUCUUAUCCUCUUUCUCUAAAAAUGGGUUCUGUUUGCUUAACCUAUUCGAGUUUCUACCAAUUCUUCUUUUAUUCAGCAAAGCUUUUCUUAGUUUCAGCCUCAGUUUCUGCCUUAGCCCUGUCCUAUCAUACGUAUUAUGUGUGUUCGCCUGUUAAUGCUAAAAGCUUCUUUGAACUUGUUAAUUUAGUGAUCUCAAUGAACAUGGUUUUUAGCAUUCUGUUUAUCUUUUGUAAGUUUUGAGGUUUUCUUUUCAU